GCUUCUCUUCUCCUACUCCUCCCGUCUGCUUUAGUUCUAGGUUAAUCGAAUCUUCUAGUGUUGCCAUUCUCAAUGGCGCUAUGGAUGGACGCUGGGUCGGAGCCGAUUACGGAGAGCGAAAAGGCUGAUCUUCAAGCUAUUUCUGCUCUCAAAGAAUCCGCCGCCAUCGAAUUCAAAGAACAAGGCAAUGAAUGUGUGAGGAAAGGGAAAAAACACUACUCUGAGGCGAUUGAUUGUUACACGAAAGCCAUUAAUCAGGGAAUUCUAAGUGACUCAGAGACCUCUAUUUUAUUCUCGAAUCGAGCUCAUGUUAAUCUACUAUUAGGCAACUAUCGGCGUGCACUCACCGAUGCUGAGGAUUCAUUGAGGUUAUGUCCUCAGAACGUUAAGGCAGUGUAUCGAGCUGCAAAGGCAUCCAUGUCACUGGAUUUGCUGAACGAAGCAAAAUCUUAUUGCGAAAAGGGAAUCAAGAAUGACCCGAGUAACGAGGACCUGAAGAAGCUUCUAAAAUCGGUGAAUUCAAAGAAGCAAGAGAAGGAACAACAUGAGGCUGAAGUCUCAAUGGCUGUGCUUGAAGCCAAGGCUUGUCUCUCUGCGAUUGAGAGCAGAGGCGUCAAGAUUGGCAAAGCCAUGUACCGAGAACUCACGGGUUUGAAGAAGCCAAUGUUAGAUAAAAACAACAUUCUUCAUUGGCCUGUCCUGCUUCUUUAUGCAGAGGCCAUGACAAGUGACUUUGUUGAGGACUUCUGUGAAACAGACAUGUUUGCAACUCAUCUUGAUAUGAUGUUUUCAGAGGACAGCCCGCCGCUGCCAUGGGAUAAAAACAACGACUACUCACGUGAUGUCAUUGAGCUUUACUACGAGGCGAGUUCAGGAUCUCCAUUGCCCAAGAGUAGAGUUCUCCAGUAUCUUCUAGAGGGUACAAAAGGUUCUCAAGCUGAAACUACAGGUGAAGAGGGCACAAGCGUAAUUAAAACAUCCUCCUACAUGAAAGGUUCAUUGGGUAUGGUUAAAGUGGACGAGAGAAGAACAUUGCAUGACUUGUUGAAAGAACCUUACAUUAUCAUCCCUGAGAUUCCAGUCUUCUACAUAGUAUCUAAGAGGUCCAAAUUCUACAAGGACUUUACGGCUGGCAAAUGGAGUCCACCAAGUUGAAGAAUUGAGUUAUUAUGAGAAUAGCAUUUCGGAUUUUGCAUCAAAGUCAAAAUACUGUUUGGAUAAUCAUGUUACCAAGGAAAAUUUUAAACUUCUGCGUGUAAUGUGCACGACAAUAAUACAUAUUUUGCAACUUA